UUUGGUGGAAGUAGCGAGUUGAGUAGUAGUGAGUUGUGAAGAACACUUUUAAACAGUAUAUAGCUGGACUCUGUAGAAUAAGUAGAAGAGAAAAACGCUUUUUUUUUUUUUGUUCUUUUGUUUCAACUUGGUUUUCUUGGUUCUUUUCAAUCAUUUCUUUUUUCUUGCUCACGUCGCGGGUUGGAUUCUGAUCUUUAGGCAAUGGCGAAAAAGAAGAUGCUUCUUCUUCUUUUCUCUGUCGUUUUUCCUCUUCUUCUCGAUUGCUCUUCCGCUCAGAUGCCAGGUUUUGUGAGUUUAGAUUGUGGAGGCACCGAAUCUUACACCGAUGAAAUCGGGCUAAUAUGGAGUCCCGACCAACUUAUUUACGGGGAGACGGCCAAAAUUUCGGUUGCAAACGAGACGAGGAGGCAAUACACGACUCUCAGACACUUCCCAGCUGAUACAAGGAAGUAUUGUUACACCCUUAAUGUCACAAGUAGGACUAGGUACCUUAUAAGGGCAACAUUCUUGUAUGGUAACUUUGACAACAACAAUGUCUAUCCAAAGUUUGAUAUUUCUCUUGGGGCAACCCAUUGGUCGACGAUUGUGAUCUCGGAUGCCAGUGCUAUAGAGGUGAGGGAGCUUAUAUUUCUGGCUUCAACUCCUACUAUCAGUAUGUGUUUAUCCAAUGCCACAACCGGGCAGCCGUUUAUAUCGACCCUUGAGCUCCGGCAGUUCAAUGGUUCGGUUUAUUAUACAGAUUUUGAAGAGGAGUUCUACCUCACUGUCUCUGCCAGGAUAAAUUUUGGCGCAGAUAGUGAAGCGCCAGUCAGGUAUCCUGAUGAUCCAUUUGAUAGACUAUGGGAGUCUGACUCUUUGAAGAAAGCAAAUUACCUUGUCGACGUUGCUCCCGGAACGAAAAAGGUGUCGACGAAAAUGCCAGUUGAUGUUAACAGGGAUGAGAGGCCACCUGAAAAAGUUAUGCAGACAGCUGUAGUUGGUACAAACGGAUCAUUAACAUACCGGUUGAACUUGGAUGGUUUUCCUGGCAGUGGAUGGGCAGUCACCUACUUUUCGGAGAUCGAAGAUCUCGCUCCAGAUGAGUCCAGAAAAUUUAGGCUAGUGCUUCCAGGCAAUACUGAUGUCAGCAAACCUAUUGUUAACAUUGAAGAAAAUGCUCAAGGAAAAUACCGCCUCUAUGAGCCAGGAUAUACCAACCUCUCUCUUCCCUUUGUAUUGUCAUUUCGAUUUGGGAAAACUUCAGACUCUUCCAGGGGGCCGCUCCUGAAUGCAAUGGAGAUAAACAAGUAUUUGGAGAAAAAUGAAGGUUCUCUAGAUGGGCCCAUUGCUGCUAAUUUAGUUUCACACUACUCAUCUGACUGGGCACAAGAAGGUGGUGAUCCUUGCUUGCCAGUUUCAUGGUCUUGGGUUCGAUGUAACACAGAUCCACAACCAAGAAUAGUUUCAAUUAAAUUGUCUAGUCAGAAUUUGACAGGGAGCAUCCCCUUAGACUUGACAAAAUUGAGCGACCUAACCGAGUUAUGGCUUGAUGGGAAUUCACUGACCGGUCCAAUUCCUGAUUUCACCGGAUGCGUGGACUUAAGGAUAAUUCAUCUUGAGAACAAUCAAUUGACAGGAGAGCUGCCUUCCUCUUUGACAAACCUACCCAAUCUGAAGGAAUUGUAUGUGCAAAAUAACAAGUUAUCUGGAACAGUGCCAAAGGGCCUUAUCAACAAAAGUUUAGUUUUAGACUAUUCAGGAAACAUAAAUCUUAGUAAAGGGAGUACAGGUCAAAGCCGAACAAACAUUAUUGUUGGUUCAUCGGUUGGCGCUGGUAUUCUACUUAUAGCUACUAUUGUGUCUUGCAUAUGUUUGCACAAAGGGAAGAAAAGAAAUCACGAGCAAGAACCGCUUGGCCAGUCUCUCCCAGUAUCUAUCAGAUCUGAUGCUCCCGCAGAAGCUGCACAUUGCUUCACCUUCACCGAAAUUGAAAAUGCUACCAAUAACUUUGAGAAGAAAAUUGGUUCUGGAGGUUUUGGAGUUGUAUACUAUGGGAAAUUGAAAGAUGGAAAAGAAAUUGCUGUCAAGGUUUUGACCAGUAAUUCCUACCAGGGAAAGCGAGAGUUUUCGAAUGAGGUGACUCUUCUUUCAAGGAUACAUCACAGGAAUCUGGUACAGUUUCAUGGAUAUUGCCAAGAAGAUGCGAGAAGUAUGCUUGUUUAUGAGUUCAUGCAUAGUGGAACUCUCAAGGAACAUCUUUAUGGGCCGCUAACACAUGGACGAAGUAUCAACUGGAUCAAGCGUCUCGAGAUUGCUGAAGAUGCCGCAAAAGGGAUUGAAUACCUUCACACAGGCUGCAUUCCAGCCAUUAUUCAUAGGGAUUUGAAAAGCAGUAACAUUCUGCUUGACAAGCACAUGAGAGCUAAGGUUGCAGAUUUUGGUCUUUCCAAACUCGCGGUAGAUGGAGUGUCCCAUGUGUCGAGCAUAGUUCGGGGCACUGUGGGCUAUCUAGAUCCUGAGUAUUACAUCUCUCAACAAUUGACAGACAAGAGUGAUGUUUAUAGUUUCGGUGUCAUUCUUCUUGAGCUGAUAUCUGGUCAAGAAGCAAUAUCCAAUGAAAGCUUUGGUGUUAAUUGCCGCAACAUUGUCCAGUGGGCAAAGCUACACAUUGAGAGUGGUGACAUCCAAGGCAUCAUUGACCCCGUCUUACGCAACGAAUACGACAUCCAAUCGAUGUGGAAGAUAGCGGAGAAAGCCUUGAUGUGUGUCCAACCACACGGGUACAUGAGGCCAUCGAUAUCCGAGGUGCUCAAGGAGAUCCAAGACGCCAUCAUGAUGGAAAAAGAAGCCGCGACAUUGAGAGGUGGUAACUCAGAUGACACGUCGAGGAACUCGGCUCAUUCUUCCCUCAACUUGGGCUCCCUUGACAUUAUUGGAACUGAAAAUUUCUUGGCCCUUGAUGCGUCUAUUGCACAACCAAGUGCUCGGUAGUAUAGCGUGGUUGGUUGUACUGUACAAAACAAGUACAUACGUCUCUUCUUCUUUAAUGAUUGCUUUCAUAUCCUCGUGCGUCUGCUAAGUUGCUAACUACUCGUCCACAAAUGUGGAGAAAGCAGAAA